AUGGCCAGAGCUAGCCUCCAGUUUAUUAUGGGCGUCGAUGGCGAUGAUGACCGCCCAGGCUCGAGCCAUAAUGGUGAUAAAAGGGACAGGGUCCCGGCCGGCACCCCAGCUUCAGCCUCCCAUCCAGGAUCACGGCCAUCUGACCCAACGCAUCAUCCCAGCUAUGCUACCAGCCCCGGCCAACAGAACGACAUCAACCCGAGUUCAGACACUUCGGGUCCUGGUCCAAGACGUUCACGCUCUAGCAGACCAUCUAGGUCCACAACAGCUUCGUCCUCAUCGUCAAGACCAACCAACAGCAGGAGAAGAAGCACCGCGAGUCUCGAGUCCGCGGAGCAAGCAGGGUACGCAUCCUCGUCGUCUGUGGGAGGCAGUGGUGGCGGUCCAACCAUGACUUCUUCGAACUAUCCAUCCCGACCCAUGCAUCACACUGCCCCUGGCGAGUCUCCGGUCAAGUUGACCCCGAUCACCGGAAGAGCCACCCAAGCUAGUGCGCAAGAAGGUGACAAGGCUUCGGGUCGUGGGGGCCAAAGACCCCGGGAACCAUCGCAGACUCUGCCCGAGCAGCCGCAAACUCUGCAGUCCACUCAACCGCCGCUCGAUCCCAUGAGCCAAAUGUCAGUCGCGGCAUACACGACCGCGGCCCCGAGCUAUAUGAACAACAGUGGUGCCUACACGCCAUCCAUGCGGGAUUCGGGACGGGCCGCGGGUACGCCUUCCUCCAGUCACGAACCCAGUGCUGGAGGAUACGGGAGCCCUAGCAGUGAUCAGAACCAGCCAAGCUAUGGAGGUUACGCUCCUAACUUUCGCUACACAUCGUCCUCGCCGGCAUCGAGCUCAGCAGGAGGCCAGAUGAUCAACCAGAUGACCCCUCGCACACCUGCAGUCCCCCUCGUUCUGAUCACGCAGGGGCUCGAUGCCCACAUGCAGUUGGAUAACCCUCCUGAUCUAGUACAUACUAUCCCCGAUAUCUCUCCUUGGGCUUCUUCGACUGAUAGUAGUUACUCGACCACGCCGGCCACAGACAACUCGAGACAGCUGCGGCAUGCUUGGAUUCCCAACCAUGCCUCGCCCAUGGGCGAUUGGCAGCAUCAGAGCUUCUUGGGCUACUCUCCUUCCACUGGCCCAGACCCGGGUGCUAUGGACCCCCUGGCCUCAUCUACUUCCUAUCUUUUCUCCCCUUCUGACAUCACGCCUCAACCCCAUGCUCUUUCUCAGACGUCAAAUUUCGACUAUCUCGAUGUUCCUGUGGGCGGUGCCCGUUCUAUGACUGUCAAUUCUCCUCGUUUUCAAGACCCCUCUGUUUCUUCAGUUCGUAGUCCAUCACCCAUAACCACUACGACCAUGUCCGCUGAGACUUUAGUUGCGCCAUCAUUGGCGCUACCAAUAGGGCGAUCAGGCAUGCCGGCCGGCCUAGGACGCCAGAAAGUGCUGGCGGUGGACGCAAGUGCGAACGCAUACGAUACAUUCCAGGGCAUCGGCGGCGCAAUGGGCUUCACUGUCGGUAGUACCGGCAGCUUCACCGAGCUCAACGGCAUGGGCGGUGGCGGUUGUGCUGCAAGUGCAGUGCCAAUCUCGCCUCUGCCCCGGACAAUUCGCAACGCAAUCCCCAACUACAUUAAUGUCUACUGGAACCGCUUCCACAUCAUCUACCCCGUCGUCCACCGUGCUUCCUUCGAGGCCGCUCCCGAAGCCGUGCUGUCCUACGCCAUGGCGGCUGUCGCGACCCAAUUUCUCGACAGCAAAGAGGACCGCCUCAGAGGCAACCUGCUGCACGAACACGCUUGGCAGGAGGCAAAAUGCUGCUCGGCAUGGACGACCCAAACCAUGCAAGCAAUCAUCCUAUGCGAGUUCUUCGCUCGUUUCCGAGGUAGAAAGGUGGUCACGCGCCCCUCAAAGAUGUUUGAAUCUCUCUACUCGAGGGUCCUGGAUCAAAACAACACACUCUUCGACGAGGCUUCAUUCGAGGAUGGCCUCCCCAUCGCCAACGAGGAGCGGUGGCACACGUGGAUCGAGGCCGAAGUCCGUCGCCGGCUCCUCUCGAUGUGCUUCUUCCUUGACAACCAUACCUCUAAAUACCAGGAACAACCACUACUGCGAGGCUUCGACCUGCUCCAGGCUGGCCCGACCCCACCCAUCCCAAUGGCGUCGACUUCUGCGGCUCUUUGGGGGGCACCAUCUGCCGACUCGUGGGCUGCCAUGCUUAGAGCCGACCCCCUUGCUGGAAAGCCAGGAUUCCUUCCCCAUCCAGACGUUCUCUCUCCAUCCUCCAUACAGGCACUCCCAAUCUUCGAUCGAGCUGUGAUUCUCGCAUUCGAAUCCUUGCGCCUACCAAGGCGGACCGUCAUGGGCAAAGACUCGGCAGCUUCUAGUGGCGCGGCUUCAGCUAGCAACACUCCUGAGGGACAAUGGCCGGAUGACACCGAGAGCAUGGCUGACAACAGUGACGUCGAGGACCGGAUAUCCUAUCUGUUUGGUGGAUGUCCGAUCGCUAACACCUACCUGGCGCUCAACCACACACCACUUCAUGAUCUCCUGGCCGUUAGCGGCGACACUUGGAUAUUCUCGCAGAAGAUCCUCCCCGCCACGUCGUUCCUGGAGCACAAGAAACGCCUGAAGAUCUGGGCGGAGGGCCGCGCCCAGCAACGGUCGGCCGGCAGUACUAGCAUGUCCGUGGCGAAGGCUGUCGGAUUCGCCGCUCGUGCACUUGUGGCCUUCCUGGAGCGCGACUCGGAUGAAACUCUCUCCGACGGUGGCCAGAACGGCUGGUUGUAUGAUCUCUCCGAGUACUGGGCCGUCUAUGUCUGCUCGCUGAUCUGCUGGGCCUAUGGGCGUCGGUACCCCGGCCGUUGCGACGACGGUGACGCAAGCGAGAACGAGGCCGUCGGCUGGCUGCGGAGGGUGGCCGGGACGAGGGCUGACGAGCUGCCGCGGGCCACGCGGGAGUCGAGCCGGAGGGCUGCCGGUGGCGUGGUCAAGAUGAUUCGCCGGCGUCUGGAGGUCGAGUGCGUCGAGGGUGCGCGCAGCCGGCUGUUUGUUGAUGCCGUUGGGGUCUUGAAGAAGCUUGAAGAGGGGGCCAAUUGGAGGUGGUUCUAG